ACUUGAGAAUAUUCUAACAUUUUUAAUUUCUAAAGUACCACUAGAAGGGCCGGCAGGGCGUUUCCCAUCACAAAAUUUGAUAACACUCAUAAUUAAUUCCUUACGAAUACGAUUGCAAUUUUCAUUUCCUUUCUUUGACAAAUCCAUAAGCCAAAGCAUAAUAAUGAGCAUUUUUACCCAGCUACUCUGCCAACCGCUAGGGUUUGGACUUUGGACGUUUGGAGUUUGACUCGGACGCAUGAAACUACUAGACUUUUGACCCAUCCCUUCACCUUCUUCUGAUAAGGGACAACAAGAUAUAGUAACUCUCAAGAUAUGGGAUGUCUGGUUUCAACUCCCAAGGAUUCUGGGGGAAAUAGGCGGAGGCCAGGAAAUAUUGGGGAAGUUUCUGUAUAUGUACCAGGUUUACGAAUUCCCAAGUCUGUGGAUUUCUUUCAAUCACUCGGUGGUCACUUGUCAAAGACAUUAGUGGAACGCCUUACUGCCUUGAGAACUCGUAUAGUUGUUAUGGCUGGCCAAGAAGCACCUACAAUUACAAGAACAAGGAGGAAAACUGCUACACAGCAUGGGGGUUCAACAUUGGCAGAUCUUCAUCAGGCUCUUGAAGACUACUUGCCUGUGCUUUUGGGAUUAGUUACAGAUGGGAGUCAGCUACAAUAUAAAGUACAGUUUAUUUGGGUAAAUCAGGAGGAUGAUGCUGAGGAAACAGCAAUGUUUAAUGCUUGGUAUGAGGUGUUGUCAGUAUUGCAUUUGAUGGCGAUGUUAUUGUUAUCACAAGCCAACUUAUUGCUUCUUCCUAGGACUUCUGCUGAUGGUUAUCAACCAAAAGUAUCAGAAGAAAGCAGGCGAGCUUCUAUUGAUAUUUUCUUGAAGGCUGCGGGGUAUUUGGAUUGUGCUGUCAGACAUGUUCUUCCCCAGUUGCCAUCUGAACUUAGGAGAAAUUUGCCAGUAGACCUAGCAGAAGGAGUUCUUCGAGCACUAUGUUUGCAGGCAUUAGGACAGGGUGUUGAUAUCCAACUUGGAAUGGCAAUUGAUAGUACCAAGGCUACUCUAGCUGUGAAACGAAGGCUUGCAUGUGAGAUGGUAAAAUACUGGCAGCAGGCUCAGGAUAAUGUUAUGAAUCUUCCACUAUCAAAUGGAUGGGGUGAAAAGCAUCGGCUUUUUAUAAAAUGGAAAUACAUUGAAGCUAAGAGCCAACCGAGUCUCACCGCCCCUACCAUUAAAAAGCCCAGCCUCUGUCAACCCUUCGACCAAAAAACGGCCACUGGAAGCUGUGCGUGUGGGACACAUGCUCCACCCUAUUUUUUCUACCCCACUCCCACGCGCCGACGCGUGAGGGUGUGUGGGCCACGCCUCCAGCCACUGCUUUCCUCCGUGAAUCUUCCUAUUGUCCAUCCGCCUACGGUGGUGCUGUCCCCAUACUGAUUCAACCUCGAUUUCUAUUUUUAAUUAAUUUUCUCUCUCCCUUGCUAUGGAUACUGUGUUCUCUUUGGAGGCAAUCUAAUGUCAUGGAAGAGUAAGAAACAAGAUGUAGUAGCGAGAUCUAAUGCAGAAGCUGAAUAUCGGGCUAUGACUCUAGUUACUUGUGAGCUAAUUUGGUUAAAACAAUUACUUCAAGAGUUGGAACAAGAAACUGUCAGCCCAAUGAAGUUAAUAUGUGAUAACCAAGCAGCAUUGCAUAUUGCCUCGAAUCCAGUGUUUUAUGAAAGAACCAAGCACAUGGAGAUUGAUUGCCAUUUUAUAAAGCAAAAGAUUGAGUCUGGAUGUAUCUCAAACAAAUGAUCAGUUAGCAGAUGUUUUAACUAAAGCUCUUAAAAAGCCUUGCAUCGAAUAUAUAUGUAACAAGCUAGGAGCCUAUGAUUUGUAUGCUCCUGCUUGAGGGGGAGCGUUGUGAUAGUAAUCUGUUAUGGUAGUAUCUCUAGGAUCUAUUGUAUCAUAUCUUUGACUUUCCGUAUUUGUAUAUCUAGUUACUAGUGUAAAUAGGUUAUGUAACAUAAUGUAUAGAUGCAAGGAAAUAUUUUUCAGAA